AUGGAGGCCACAAUAAUAAUAAACUUCAUUUGUUUCUCGUUCUUUCUUUGUUUCAUCAUUUUAGUCCGCAGACGAUGGAAGAAGCCGAAAAGCCGCCGCAGUGGGAAACUCCUGCCGCCCGGCCCGUGGAAGCUGCCGAUCAUCGGAAACUUGCUCCACUUGUGUGGCUCAUCGCCCGCCCACCACGUCCUUAGAGAUUUAGCCAAAAGGCACGGCUCCUCGUCGGGCCUCAUGCACCUUCAAAUUGGAGAAAUCUCAGCAGUCAUCGUGUCCUCGCCGGAGAUGGCUAAAGAGUUCCUAAGAACUCACGACCUGGUUUUUGCCACCAGGCCGGAACUUAUGGCCGCCAAGAUACUCUUCUACAAUUCUUCGGACAUUGUGUUCUCCCCGUACGGAGAUCAUUGGAGACAAAUGCGCAAAAUAUGUGUGAUGGAGCUCCUUAACCCAAAACUUAUCCGCUCCUUCAGCUCCAUCAGGCAGGAUGAGAUCAAGCAUCUAUUGACUGACUUGCGUUCAUAUUUGGAGAGGCCAGUCAAUCUCUCUAAGAGAAUCUCCUUGUUUACCAGCUCCCUUUUAUGCAGAUCCGCCUUGGGUAGGGUAUUCACUGGAAAAGAAGAGUUAAUUGAGGUGUUGGAGGAGAUGUUGGCUAUCCUGGGAGGCUUUCAGUUUGAGGAUGUAUUUCCCUCCUGGAAGCUUCUUCACAACCUGUGCGGGAACAAGAAUAGGAUUGUGAAAGUUCACCGUAAAAUAGACGCAAUUAUUGAGAACAUCCUAAAAGAACACCAAAACAACUUUGAAAGUGGUCACGAGUUAGGCCAAGGGGGUGAAGAUAUAAUUGACGUCCUCAUCAAACUUGAGAGAAACGGAAGCCUUCAACUGCCUAUCACCCACGACAUCAUCAAAGCCAUAGUCCUCGAUCUUUUUGUAGCUGGAACGGAGACAUCGUCGGCAGUGGUAGUGUGGGCAAUGUCCGAAAUGAUGAAAAAUCCUAGGGUGUUAGCGAAGGCGCAGGCUGAGGUGAGGGAAGCCUUCAGAGGGAAAGAGAAGUUGGAAGAAGAUGACAUCAUGGACCAAUUACAAUAUCUCAAGUCAGUGGUCAAAGAAACUUUGAGAUGUCAUCCUCCGGGUCCAUUGUUAGGUCCCAGAGAGUGCAUGGAAGAAACUGUGGUUUGCGGAUACACCAUACCGGCCAAAGCAAGAGUAUUGAUUAAUGCGUGGGCAAUCAGCAGGGAUCCUCAAUAUUGGGAGGAUCCAAACAGCUUUAUACCCGAGAGAUUUGAGAAGAAUUCAGCUGACUUUAUGGGAAACCACUUUGAAUUUUUGCCUUUUGGUGCUGGAAGGAGAAUAUGCCCCGGACUUGUAUUUGGUUUUGCCAAUACCCUAUCUCCUUUAGCAAACUUGUUGUACCACUUUGAUUGGAGCUUCAUUUCGGGAAUUACUGCAAAUACAUUGGACAUGACAGAGAUGAUCGGACUAACUGCCGGAAGGAAGAAUGAUCUUUUCUUGAUUCCUACUUCUCCGGCAGCCUGUUAA